GAGCACAAAACAAAGGGCGACAAAGGAAGGCGCGAAUUUCAAGGACCGGAACAAACCUCUACGAACAACAACAACAACAACGUUGUGUGUUUCAUUGGUCCCUUCAAGAAGACCAAAACAAAACUCCUUCUUACAUCGACUCACGUUCUUCUCUUGAUCUAACUUCAAUUCCCAGAUUUCAAUUCCACCCAUACACUUUGCCUUCUUCUCCUCCAGCUUCUCGUGACUCCGUAAGAUUCCCGAGCUGCAAGGGUCGGUAAUGGCGACUCAUGUCUCCGUCGGAAACAUUCACGAUCUCUAUCUUUCCGGACAGGUUUACAGAGGGCAAGAUUCCUGGAGUUCUGGUUUUAAUUUCAGGGCUAAUUCAUUCAGAGACCUCUCUUGGUCGAGUUGUGUAUCUAAGUCCUUAAAGUCCGAGAGAUGCGGUUGUUACUCUCGUGGUGUUUCUUCCUCUAACGAGAGCCUAAAGCUUAGUAUCAGGGCGGCAUCGUCGUCGUCAACAACAAAGUAUUAUGAUUUCACUGUGAUCGGCAGUGGAGUGGCGGGUCUGCGCUAUGCUCUGGAAGUCGCGAAGCAAGGGAAUGUUGCGGUGAUCACCAAAGACGAGCCUCACGAGAGUAACACAAACUACGCUCAGGGUGGUGUCAGUGCUGUGUUAUGCCCUUUGGACUCUGUUGAAAGCCAUAUGCAGGACACUAUGGUCGCUGGUGCUCAUCUCUGUGAUGAAGACACCGUCAGAGUUGUGUGUACAGAAGGGCCUGAGAGGAUCCGCGAGCUGAUUGCGAUGGGAGCAUCGUUUGAUCACGGGGAGGACGGUAACUUGCAUCUGGCGAGAGAAGGUGGUCACUCGCAUCACAGGAUCGUCCACGCAGCUGAUAUGACGGGGAGAGAGAUCGAGAGAGCUUUGCUCGAAGCCGUGCUUAAUGAUCCAAACAUAUCUGUCUUCAAACACCAUUUCGCAAUCGAUCUCCUCACUUCUCAGGAUGGUUUGAACACAGUCUGUCACGGUGUUGACACUUUGAAUAUCAAAACAAAUGAGGUAGUACGUUUUAUAUCGAAGGUGACAUUGCUUGCUUCAGGAGGAGCUGGUCAUAUCUAUCCAUCAACCACCAAUCCUCUUGUGGCUACUGGAGAUGGGAUGGCUAUGGCUCACCGAGCUCAAGCUGUGAUCUCAAACAUGGAAUUUGUGCAGUUUCAUCCCACCGCUUUAGCAGACGAAGGUCUUCCCAUCAGACCACAAACCGCCAGAGAAAACGCGUUCCUCAUCACCGAGGCAGUGAGGGGAGACGGCGGCAUCCUCUACAAUCUAGCAAUGGAACGUUUCAUGCCCGUUUACGACGAGCGAGCCGAGCUCGCGCCGAGAGACGUGGUCGCGAGGAGCAUCGACGACCAGCUCAAGAAACGGAAAGAGAAGUACGUGUUGCUAGACAUAAGCCACAAGCCGAGAGAGAAGAUCCUCGCUCAUUUCCCAAACAUAGCUUCGGAGUGUCUUAGACACGGUCUCGACAUCACCCGCCAGGCAAUCCCCGUCGUGCCCGCGGCGCAUUACAUGUGUGGAGGAGUCCGCGCUGGUUUGCAGGGAGAGACCAAUGUACUUGGAUUGUUUGUGGCCGGUGAAGUGGCGUGCACGGGUCUCCACGGGGCGAACCGGCUCGCUAGCAACUCGCUUUUAGAAGCUCUGGUUUUCGCGAGACGCGCUGUUCAGCCUUCCACUGAGCUCAUGAAGUCCACGAGACUUGACUUAAGCGCGUCGGAGAAGUGGACGAGGCCUGUUGUUGCAACAGCUAGGUCUCUAGGAGAGGAAGUGAUGUCGAAGAUACUAGCACUGACUAGAGAAGUGAGGAGAGAGCUUCAGGGAGUGAUGUGGAAGUACGUUGGUAUCGUGAGAUCAACAACGAGGCUCAAUACUGCUGAGAGGAAGAUAGCGGAGCUAGAGGCGAAGUGGGAAACGUUCUUGUUUGAACAUGGAUGGGAACAGACGGUGGUUGCUCUCGAAGCCUGUGAGAUGAGGAACUUGUUCUGCUGCGCUAAGCUUGUGGUGAGCAGCGCGUUGGCUAGGCAUGAGAGCCGCGGUCUUCAUUACACGACGGACUUUCCUUUUGUGGAAGAGAGCAAGCGGAUUCCCACGAUUAUUCUACCGUCUUCUCCUACAACGGCUAGCUGGAGCUCAAGGCAGCUACAGAACAUAAGCAGCACCACCUCUCUUAUUUGAAGUGUUGGUGUUCUUUCUUUGAAGCCAAUCCUUUUACUGAUCCUUUGUGUGUUGUUUGCAUAAAUUUUGGGAUUCAAAAGAAAAAAAAUCUCUGAUUCUGACAUAAUCAUUGUAAUACAAAUGAAAAUAAUUAUUCAUCUGAGGUAUCAAUCAUAUUGCUAUGGUUUAUUGAUGA